ACUUUAUUUUCCUACCAAGCAAACAGUACCUCUAAACCCUAAACCCCUGUACUCGCUGUCGCAAAUCUACAAAGAUCCUAAACCCAGAACUUAUAAGCUUUCUCAAUUUUCAUUCUCUUUUCUGGGCGAGCAAGCAUGUUGCGAAGAAAUAUUCGACUGAGAAGAGAAUACUUGUACAGGAAAAGCUUAGAAGGAAAGGAAAAAUUGCUGUACGAGAAGAAGCGCAAAAUUAGAGAAAUACUAGAAGAGGGAAAACCGAUUCCCACUGAGCUUCGGAACGAGGAAGCCGCUUUGCGCCAUCAAAUCGAUCUGGAAGAUGAAAAUACUGCCGUACCAAGAACACAUAUAGAUGAUGAGUAUGCAAAGGCAUCAGAGGGAGAUCCCAAAAUUUUGCUAACCACAUCCAGAAAUCCAAGUGCUCCACUAAUACAAUUUACUAAGGAACUGAAAUAUGUCUUUCCUAAUGCACAACAAAUGAAUCGUGGUGGACAGGUUAUUUCUGAAAUUAUUGAAACUUGCCGUGCUCAUGAUUUUACUGAUGUUGUGUUGGUUCAUGAACAUCGUGGUGUACCAGAUGGUUUAAUUAUUAGCCAUCUGCCUUUCGGUCCAACUGCUUAUUUUCAAUUGCUAAAUGUGGUUACGAGACACGAUAUCAAGGACAAGGAAACCAUUGGAACAAUGCCUCAAGCUUACCCACAUUUGAUUAUCAACAAUUUCACAACCAAGAUGCCUGGUGAAAGGAUAGCAACUAUUCUGAAGCAUCUUUUCCCUGUGCCAAAGCCAGAUACAAAACGCAUAAUUACUUUUGCUAAUCAGUCUGACUAUAUUUCAUUCAGACAUCAUAUUUAUGAGAAACGUGGAGGUGAGAAAUCCAUUGAGCUGAAGGAGAUAGGUCCUCGGUUUGAGUUGCGGCUUUUUCAGAUAAAGUUGGGAACAAUGGAUCAAAGUGAAGCACGGACUGAAUGGGCCCUCAGACCAUACAUGAACACUUCCAAAAAAAGAAACUUCAUUGGGGAAUGAGAAGAGAGCCUUAAAUCACUUUCAGCUCCAUUUUUGCCUUGUUGAAUAUCUUUUUCAUUAGUAAUGAGGGAUCUUGUAUCUAGGCUGCUCUUUUUACCAGCCAGAGCAACGUAUGCACCUUUAGUCCUUUACCUAUAAUGCUACAAGCAGUGCUAUGUAUGGAAAAAGUAAAAUUAAAUAGAGAAAUGAUGAGUUCAAUAAGAUCA